GUUAACUCAAUCAUCAUCAAUCAGAUCAUUAGUGGGUUCUCUAUUUCAGUACCAAAUAUAAAAGUGGCCUAUGAAAAAUAUAAUAGCAGCUAUUUAGUUGUGAAUGUUAAUAUAUACACACUUUUUUGAUUACGGUCCAUGCUCAUAACUGAUACUCAUACUGUUACUGAUACUGACUGAGAGAUGUCAAUGUGCAAAUAAGGGGGAAGAAGCUGAUAAAUACACAAAUAUAGAGGAAGUAAAAUGUUAAAUAGGGGUUUUUAGAGUAGUAAACAAAUGAUGUGAUGCGGAAUGACGGAUGAAAGCAGAUAUAAUAAUCACAUACAGUAAUUUGAAGCUGCAGACAGAAACAUCAGACUCCGGACAGAAACACACAACCUUUAAAAAAUGGGUCAAAAGCUAUAUUUAAUUCUUCUCAUUGCUCUCUGCUCCGUAUCUGAAUGUGUCCAGCGUCAGUAUCACUUUAUAAAUGAGAAGACGACCUGGACUGAAGCUCAGAGAUACUGCAGAGAGAAUUACACAGAUCUGGCCACCGCUGACAACAUGAACGAGCUGAACAAGAGUGUGAAUGAUGGACGUGUCUGGAUUGGGCUGCAGAAGACGGGUCGUGAUGAAUGGCAGUGGUCUUCAGGUGAACCUGUGCUCUAUCUGAACUGGGGACCUGGACAACCAGAAGGCAGUUAUUGUGCGAUGAUGCUGAAUAGAGAAUGGCAUGAUUUGGCAUGUAGUGAUAACAGACAUUUCAUCUGCAACAACAGUGAGAGGAGUAUAGACUUUGUCAAUCAGAUGAUGAACUGGAGAGACGCUCAGAGUUACUGCAGACAGAAUAACACUGAUCUGGUCAGUGUGAGGAACCAGAAUGAGAGUCUACAGGUUCAGAAGGCCAUUAGUGAUCAAGUGUUAUCUGGACCACAAGUCUGGAUCGGUCUGUUCAGAGACUCAUGGCAGUGGUCAGAUCAGAGUGACUCCUCAUUCAGAUACUGGAGCACUGGUGAACCUGAUGAUUAUGAAGGUGUUGAAGACUGUACAGUGAUGGAACCGAUCACUCGGGGAGGAUGGCAUGAUGUCUCUUGCACUGCUCAAUAUCCUUAUAAUAUAUUAGAUAAACUGAUUGUGAUCAGAGAGAGUCUGACGUGGUCUGAAGCUCUGAGAUACUGCAGACAGAAUCAUGUGGAUCUGGUCUCGGUUCAUUCAGAAGAGAUUCAGCGUCGUGUGAUGAACGUGGUUAAACGGGCGUCUACUGCGGAGGUGUGGAUGGGUUUACGUUACUCUCGUAUUUUGGGCAUCUGGUUCUGGGUGAGUGGAGAGACUGUGUGCUAUCAGAACUGGGCUCCAGGGAACGGCACAUCAGAGGAGGACUGUGAAGACGCAGUGAGAUCUGGAGCAGUUCAGUCUGGAGGAGAUCAGCGCUGGAUCAGCCGUCCUGAACACCACAAACUCAACUUCAUCUGCAGCAGAUAUUAAGAGAGAAAAGGAACAUUUAAUACAUUUAAAUACAUUUUAAAGGAGGCCUUUCAUGUAAGAGAGCAGCGUUUAGCCGGCUAGCCCGAAGCACCUGCACCGCACGGACACCGGACACUGGGCACUAACGCACUCGGAGCACUGAAAAGAAGUUGAUCCUGGAGCACGAAGACACAGCACCUGAAUUCUACGGCACGCCACUCAUUUCACUCAAUAAAACGCACCCUUCGGGGCAUUUAUUGCACUCAUCCUGUCGUGUGAUUCUUCCGCCCGUUACAAUAUAAUGUGAAUUUAACAUUGAAAGUUAAUGUAACAUGUUUUCUGGUCUUGUCCAGUCUUAAAUCUGUUUUGGUCAGAAAUACAUUCUAGCAUAGAGAAAAUCUUGGAAAUUGAGAUCGAAAAAACAGCUAUUCAGUCAGCGAGCGAGUGAAGAAAACGCCAACAUUUUAGCAAUGACUCAUCUGAACGCUUCUGAUUGGUCAUUGCAUUCAUAAGCUCAACAGAAUCGCGUAUGAUUGGUUAUAAUAAACAAUGCUGUAAAAACGCGUCUGUAUCUGGCUCAGCGCCAGCCAGUGAAUGCAGAUUUGAAAUUAGCAGCUAAUUAUAUGAUGCGCUGAACGAUUUAAUCAUGCUGGUGUGAUUGUUUUAAAUAUAGAAAAUAUUAAUUAGCUAUUUUUUUUCUCUUUUGGAAGAUUCAUUCAAAAUCCACUUGGUUCAAAAAUCUGAGGGGGCAAUUGCCCCGUGUAUUGACCCGUUAAUUGAAUAUUGAUUGUUAGGCGUAUGGCCUAUUAGUCUUUUUUUGCAUUUAUGCAAUAUACUGGAGCCAAACCUGAGAAUGUAGACCAGAAUAUUCCACUGCAUUCCUGGACACGCAAUUUGCGCAGUUGUAAUUCAUAGGCUGGGAUUAUGCUAAUUGAGAAUGAGCGUGCACAUGAGCCCUAUUUACUAAUGAUUGGAAUUCAUUAACAUACGCAUGUUUAACUAUCAAUUUCGGAAGUUUACGAAGCGUUUGUGAAUCUGGAAGAGAGAUUUUGGGAAAGUCCGUUUUACUGCAAAUUACUCAGAAUUUACUCCUAUACUUAUGAAUGUUUCAUGAAUGAGGCCCAUUGUGUGGUAAUCAUGUUAUGUACCUAUAGGAGCAGGAGAGGUCUCAGUCUCUGAUUAGCAUUGUGUUGCUCUGACCUGUUGAUGUGAUGCUCCUCUGUAGUCUCACCAUUGCUCUCAUUUUGAAGAUGAUUUUCUGAUGCUCCAGCUCUCUCCUGAACCCGUCUGCGCCGUUCCAUCUUCUCUUGUUCCUUCACCUUCCGGCUCCAGUUCCGCUAAAUGGACCAAACUCUAUAUUUCAUUCUUCUCAUUGCUCUCUGCUCCGUAUCUGAAUGUGUUCAGUGUCAGUAUCACUUUAUAAAUGAGAACAAGACCUGGACUGAAGCUCAGAGAUACUGCAGAGAGAAUUACACAGAUCUGGCCACCGCUGACAACAUGAACGACAUGAACGAGCUGAACGAGCUGAAGAAGAGUGAAUUAUGGAGGAUUUCAAUAUGUCUGGAUUGGGCUGCAGAAGACGGGUCGUAAUAAAUGGUAGUGGUCUUCAGGUGAACCUGGGCUCGAUCUGAACUGGGAUACUGGACAACCAGAAGGCAGAGAUUGUGUUGUGAUGCUGAAUGGACAAUGGCAUGAUCUGGCAUGUACUGAGACCCAGCAUAUAAUCUGCAACAUGAACACAUCUUUGUCGAUCAGAGGAUGAAUUGGAGAGACGCUCAGAGUUACUGUAGACAGAAUCACAUUGAUCUGGUCAGUGUGAGAAGCCAGAAUGACAGUCAAGAGGUUAAGAAGAUCAUUAAAUGUAAUAAUUCAUCUGGAUCGGUCUGUUCAGAGACUCGUGGCAGUGGUCAGAUCAGAGUGACUCCUCAUUCAGAUACUGGAGCACUGGUGAACCUAAUAAUGUUGGAUUUCAUGAAAACUGUGCAGUGAUCAAACACGACUCUCUGGGAAGAUGGCAUGACAUCUCUUGCACCAAUCAAUAUCUUUUUGUGUGUCAUGAAGGUGAGUAGAUCC